UUAGCGAUAUCUGCAAACAGCUGAUUAGCCCGGCAUUUUUUGUGCGAAUUGUGAAAUAUUUUUGCAAAGCCAUGUCCGAGACUGCAGCGGAAAACACUGCCGAGGCAGAGGAAAAGACUGAAACUGAGCCUGAGGCGGGCAAAGAGCUGUCCCAGGAGACGGAUACAAGGAAUCUACUGCAGACAGCCGCGGCCGUGCAGGAGGAUGAGGAGUUAGCCAACGUCGUGACCGCCGAGGAGUAUUUGAUGAGCAAAGAUGUCGUCCUUCUGGAGUACGAGAAGCAAAUGUUUCUCGAUCUGGUCCAUGCGGACGGUCUGCUAGUGUGUGCCAAGGGCCUGAGCUAUGAGCGCGCCUUGGUUCACAUUUUCAAGGCGUACAGCGAUGCUGGAAACCUAAUUCUGGUUAUCAAUAGCUCCGACUGGGAAGAAACUUACUACAAAUCGAAAAUGGAAGCCAAAUACAUCCACGAGGUGGCCAAUACGGCAACAGAAAGGGAGCGUGUUUAUCUGGAGGGAGGGCUGCAGUUCAUCAGUACUCGGAUCCUGGUGGUUGAUCUGCUCAAGCAGCGCAUCCCCAUCGAGUUGAUCACCGGAAUAGUGGUGCUGCGAGCGCACACCAUCAUCGAGAGCUGCCAGGAGGCGUUCGCCCUGCGCCUGUACCGGCAGCGCAACAAGACGGGCUUCGUAAAGGCAUUCUCCAACAGUCCGGAGGCCUUCACCAUCGGCUACUCGCACAUCGAGCGCACCAUGCGCAAUCUGUUCGUGAAGCAGCUUUACAUUUGGCCGCGAUUCCAUGCCACAGUACGCGGCGCCCUCAAGCCGUGGCAGGCGCAGACGAUCGAGCUGCAUGUACCGCUCAGCCAGCACAUGACCUCCAUCCAGACGCACAUUCUGGACAUCAUGAACUUUCUGGUGCGCGAGAUCAAGCGCAUCAAUCGCAACGUGGACAUGGAGGCCGUCACCGUCGAGAAUUGUGUCACCAAAAAGUUCCACAAGAUUCUGCAGGCGCAGCUGGACUGCAUCUGGCAUCAGCUCAACUCCCAGACGAAGCUGAUUGUCGCCGAUCUCAAGAUCCUGCGCAGCCUGAUGAUCUCCACCAUGUAUCACGAUGCUGUGAGCGCCUAUGCCCUGAUGAAGCGCUACCGCAGCACGGAGUAUGCGCUGAGCAACUCGGGAUGGACGCUCCUCGAUGCCGCCGAGCAGAUCUUCAAGCUAUCCAAGCAGCGCGUCUACAAUGGCCAGCAGGAAUUCGAACCUGAGCCAUGCCCCAAGUGGCAGGCACUGACUGAGCUGCUCACGCAGGACAUAUCGCAGGAGAAGCAUCGAGUGGAGCAGCCCAAGGUGCUGAUACUAUGCCAGGAUACGCGCACCUGCUACCAGCUGAAGCAGUACCUAACCCAGGGCGGUCCACGCUUCCUGCUGCAGCAGGCCCUGCACCACGAGGUGCCCGUGGGCAAUCUAAGCGACAAGUAUGCACGCGAGAGUCAGUCCAUUGCGACAGGAAAACCAGCAUCAGCAGCCACCCCCAAAGCAGGAGCCUCAGGAGUCACAGUGGAGUCCUCCCAGCCUCCAGCUGCUGCUGUUGCAAUGGAUGAGUUGUCGCAGCUACUAAGCGAAACGGAUGCGGAGGCGCAGCAUUUUGAGGAGAGCUACAUGCUAACGAUGACCCAGACACAGCUCCAGCCACAGCCACAGCCACAGGGUCAGUCACAGGAGAAGCAACUAAAAUCGGAUCCGAAUGAUUCAAUUUUCGAAACAAUACCCGAACUCGAACAAUUCGAUGUGACGGCUGCCCUCGAGGCUGCAGCACACCUAAAGCAGCCCUACGUUUGCCUGCAGACCUUCAAGACGGAGCGCGAGGGCUCAAUGGCACUGGAGAAUAUGCUGGAGCAGCUCCAGCCGCACCAUGUGGUCAUGUACAACACCAAUGUGACGGCCAUACGGCAGCUGGAAGUGUUUGAAGCGCGUCGCCGCCUGCCCCCCGCCGAACGUAUGAAGGUUUACUUUUUGAUCCACGCACGGACCGUCGAGGAGCAGUCCUACCUGACGAGCCUCAGGCGCGAGAAGGCCGCCUUUGAGCUGAUCAUCGAUACAAAAAGCAAAAUGGUUGUGCCCGAGUACCAGGACGGCAAGACGGAUGAGGCCUUUGUACUCUACAAGAGCUACGAUGACGAGCCGGCAGGGGACAAUGCCCAGAGUAGACUAGCGGGCGGACAGCCGCAGGGUCAUAGGGAGACGCCAAAGGUGAUUGUGGACAUGCGAGAGUUCCGCUCGGAUCUGCCCUGUCUCAUACACAAGCGCGGGCUGGAGGUGCUGCCGCUGACCAUAUCCAUCGGGGAUUAUAUACUGACGCCGGAGGUGUGCGUGGAGCGCAAGUCAAUCUCGGAUUUGAUUGGAUCCCUCAACUCGGGAAGGCUGUACAAUCAGUGCGUCCAGAUGCAGCGCCACUAUGCCAAGCCCAUACUGCUCAUCGAGUUUGACCAGAACAAGCCGUUCCAUUUGCAGGGAAAGUUCAUGUUGUCGCAGCAGACGACGGCCACCAAUGCGGAUAUUGUGCAGAAGCUGCAGCUGCUCACACUGCACUUCCCCCGGCUGCGGCUCAUCUGGUCACCCAGUCCGUACGCGACGGCCCAGCUGUUUGAGGAACUGAAGCUGGGCAAGCCGGAGCCGGAUCCCCGCCAGGCCGUGGCCCUCGGCAGCGAGGAGCCCGUGGCCGGCGAGCAGCUGCAGUAUAACAGCGGCAUACACGACUUCCUGCUCCGUUUGCCCGGCGUUCAUACGCGCAAUGUGUACGGCCUGCUGCGGAAGGGCGGCAGCCUGCACCAGCUGCUGCUGCGCACCCAGGCGGAGCUGUCCGAGAUGCUUCAGUCGCAGGAAUGUGGCAAGCUGCUCUACGACAUUCUGCAUGUGGCCCAUCUGCCCCAGAAGGACGAGGUGGCCGGCUCCACGGCCCUGCUGGCUGCUGGCAAACAGUUUGGCGCCGGCUCGCACAAUCGUUUCAGGAAGGCCGCCGUCGAGUCGCGUCGGGGUCGGCACUGAACAGCGGAAACAGCAGGAGGAGUAGGAGGAGCUGGAGUGCAGCCAGGCGUGCAGUGCAGAGCAAACAGAGAGCGCAAAAUUAUGGAAAUUUUUAAACGUUGCAAUUAAAUCGGAUAAAACAGCAGCCGCAGUGGGAGAGGCAGCAGCAGGAUCAGGUAGAUGUCUGGCCAACACAGACAACGUUGACAAUCGGGGACAGUGAUGACCACUGGGGAUGCCCACGGCCAAUGGCCAACUGCCACCGACUACUGCAGCUGGUUGCUGCAGAUGCCCAUCAGGGAGGUGACCGGCGCAUAUAAAAUCCAUUUUCAAUACAUUUUUAAUUGCCUUCGCCUGAUGAGAGAGAGAGAAACUCCCGCCGGUGCCCAGCAACUCCUCUGAAAGGGGAUGGAGUGGAAUGAGGAGCAGCAGCAGCAGCCGCCGGACGGACAGACCCUGUGAUAUAUAUGCCAGCUAUGUGCCUCUGUUGCCAGUCAGCCUGCAGUAUAAAAUAGCGAAAAACUGUUGGAUAUAAGAAAUAAAUGUAUGAAUAAGGCUAUAAAAAGAGAUUGAGGGUAUGUUAUACCUGCAUGUAUUACACAGCAUAUAUUCGUAUACAUAGGAGGCAGUGUUUGUGCUCUUUCUAUCAAGAGAAUUCAGUAAAAAGCAGCAAGCAAAUUGGUCAGAGAUUAAGGAUUCAUGAUACUUCCUGCAAUUUAUUGUGCACAUAUUUAAAACUACUCUCGGGGCUUUACGUUUAAGAAGAUAUUUCUGCAUAAGCUGCAAGCAUUUUGCAUUAUUUU